UGCGGCCUGUAAAGUCACUCAACAAGUUACCCAAGGUACCUGUCCAGUACACCGUGAACUCCCUAGGCACGCAUUACGCGAGCUCGGCAUGCCGUGCCAUGGACCCCUGUUCAUCAACCCGCCUAGGAUAAGCGAUUCGUUGGCCGUAGUGCACGAGUAACCACCGCCUUACCGAAGCCGUCUUAUUAGGGGGUUGCAUGAGUAGGUAGCCUCGACGGCGCACCACUGGCCAGACUCCGGUCACAUUUCCAAACAGAGCAAUUUUUUUUUCGGCGCUGCAGAGCUGAAGGCCUCCCAUGUUCCCUCAUCGCUUUCUGUAAUUAAUGACCACAGCCUCUUUUCUCCUACCGGUUUCCAUUCCUCGUCUUCGGGCUCCAACCCUCUGGCCUAACAUGCAUGCACGCCGCUGCCGCCGGCUCCUGUGCCUGGGCUGGAGCCUUCUAGCCCUGCCGCUCUGGUGCAGGGCGCAGGUCGCGCUCCCGGCGACAGUCGAAGUGGACUUGAUCUUCCCGCGCAAGGACAUAUACACGCCUGCUCCGGUCAUGCCCAUCGUGUUCGCGUUUCAAAAUCCUCGAGUGGCUGCGUCGCUGUGGCCAGGCAUCUUUGUGCGAAUCACACAGCUCGGCACCAACCAUUCAAUUGGCGAGACCAGCGAGUACAUCAACGGGGAGAUCGUUUUCUCCUACGACGACCCCUUCUACUGGUAUUGGUCCACCCACCUGUUCAACAACACCGAAGGCGACUGGCGGUUGGAUUGGUCGCUUUCGACCCUGAACUGCUCCGAGGACACCACGCUUGACCAGCCAAAGGGCCAGUUUCAGACUACCAGUGUCUUCUUUACGACCAAAAACGGCGGCAAAGAGCCUGACCUCGUCGCGGACGCUGCCACGAUCGAAAACACCUGCAACGAGACCACGGGCAUCGCUUUCAACGUCACGGGCAUAUUACCCCAGUUCCCCAAACUUUCGCUCCCUUGGGAUGGCACCGGCCCUCCUCGAAACCAAUGCGCGGUCGUCCCCCCAACGCCUCCGCCUGCCCCUCAGCCUUGCCGUGUCAAGUUCGACGUAGCGGCUGCCUCCAGCAUCACAACAAACCUCACCUGCAGGGAAGAGCAUCACUGUCCUUCCGGCGCAGUGCAGGUCCGGGUGGACAGAGCGGCAUGGUUCAUAGCGGCCUUACCGCUGGUAUAUUUCCUUCUUUGAUCUGCGGGGUUGUCAGUCUGUAAUCAUGUAAUUUCUUUUCCUUUUCGCCUUAGCAUCAUGGCCCUUCAUGGGUGGAUUUAAUGAAGUAAUUACUCAGGUACAUCGAUCCAAGCGAGGCUGGAAACGGUGAUGCUUUAGGAAGUGCUUUGCGUUAGGUCCAAUACACAGUAUUGCGAUGCG